AUUUUCCAGUCAGGUGACUUUGAGAAUCUCAUUCACAGCUGAUCACCAACUCGUGGUUGUUUAUAGUUACAUUGAUUUUUAUUUUUCCUUUUUUUUUAAAUGUUUUUUUGGUGUUUAAAUUGUUCCAUUCAAAUUUAGAUUAAAUGUCACCCGGAUUAACCCGUCAUUUAGCUGGUAGAAGAUAUUUGAACCAUUUCAAUUCGUUACUUAAAGGAUCGAGAAGGAGAUUAAGUGAAUCCAUUGAUGAGCAACAAAAAGACAAAGGAAUCAAUGAAAAUGAUACAAAAUCGGGUUCGGAAAACAAUGGAAACAAUCAAGAUUCCAGUAAUUUAAACCAUGUUGACAGUUCAGAUCUAAAUGUAAACAGUAAACCUCGAUGGGUUGCAGCCGAACGCGAUGCCCGAUUAGCCAAAUACCGAGAGAUUGUGAAACAACCACCGAAAUUUGAUUCAUCAUUUGUUUUUCAGCCGCAAACUGAUUUUACCUUUCGUUAUCCUAUUUUCCACACAACGAUUGAUCCCCGAAUUCCCAGUUCCUCAUUAACCGAUUCUAAAAAGGAUUGGACCAAAACCCUUGCAGAUGUACUGAAAAAGCCUUUAGUUGAUUAUCCUGAAACUUGUGAUUUCCUGAUUAUCGGCGGUGGGAUCAUCGGUCUAUCCACUGCCUUUUUCAUUCAACAAAUUUGGGGUAAAACCACUUCAAUUAUCGUUGUUGAUAGAGAUUAUAAUUAUACACAUGCAGCAUCUAAUUUAUCUUUGGGAUGUAUUAGACAACAGUUUUCCCACCCGACUAAUGUGAAAAUGGCCGCGUUGGGAGCUCAAUUUUACAGGCAGGCAAAGGAUCAUUUGAGUAUGAUGAAUGCCGAUCCACCGGAUUUCAAUUUCCAUCCUCAGGGGUACAUGUUCCUUGUCGAUCCCAUUCGAGCUGAAAAUUUCAUCAAAUAUCAUGAAACACAGACUGAAUGUGGAGCCUUUGUUGACAUUUUAUCGCCCAAUGUGUUGAGUCAAAGAUUCCCCUGGUUGAACACCGAGGGAAUCGUUUUCGCCACCUUAGGUUUACAAGAUGAAGGUUGGAUUGAUCCUUAUCCGGUUCUCGUUGCGUUAAAGGGUAAAGCUGAAUUUCUUGGUACAACUUUCUUGGAAGGGGAAGUUUUUGAUUUCAAUACAAAUGUCGCAUUUCCGACUUCAUUUUAUCGAGAUGAACUAAACGAUCCAAUGGAAACAUGUAAUAAUGCCCUGAUACGUUUUCCAAACGAUGAGAUUGGACAAAUAUCGUUCGCUCGUUGUAUAGUUUGCUGUGGUGCCGAAUCAAGGGUACUCGCUGAGACUUUGGGAAUCGGAACAACGCCCGGUCUAAGACGUAUUCCUUUACCAGUUAUGCCAAGAAAGAGAUACGUUUUCGUUUUCAAUGCUCCGGAUGCUCCAAUAUUAGAUUUUCCUGUGAUAGUUGACCCAAGCGGUGUAAUUUGCCGACGGGAUGGUUUAGGUGGAAACUUUAUUGUUACUAAAUGUCCAACAAAGGAAGAGGAACCAGAUCCUGGUAAUUUGGAUGUUGAUUACAGUUUCUUUGAGAAAGUAAUUCAUCCAAUUUUAUCGAAUCGGGUUAAAGGAUUUCAAAAGGUCAAAUUGGUCGCUGCUUGGGCUGGUUAUUGCGAUGAAAAUGUUUACGAUGGUAAUCCGAUCAUUGGAAAUCAUCCUUUUUACAAUAACAUCACUUGGCUUUGUGGCUUCGGUUCACAUGGUAUCCAAAUGGCUCCAGCGGUUGGUCGAGCAAUGGCCGAUCUACAAUUGAAAGGUCACUAUCCCGAAGAGCUAGGAUUUAAUUUAUUACCUUUCUCCUGGGAGAGAAUGUUUUCUGGAGAAAAAGUCUAUGAAGAUUUGAUUCUUUAAUCCAAUAAAAUUAACGAAUCUUUCAUUUCUCCUUGAUAAACCAAA